GUGAACAGAGACGCGCACAACUACCGCUGACGAGUGCUGACUCCAGCAAUACAAACACAAUGAUCGCCAACAUCUCCUUUUUCUGCGUGUCUUCACUUCUACUUUUAAACUUGGUCGGGGCCAAACCAAUUUCCAGUUUACAGAGUCUUAAGGAGUUGUUAGAUGAACAAGUUAUCACGCCGUUUGUGGAGUCGGAGGAGACGGCGACGGAGCAGAAAGACGUGAAAGCGGAGAAGAGCAAGCUGGACGCGCCAGCGGAGCAUCUUUGGGAGUCAGACGCGCGAAACUCAGCGCUGGCGGGAAAAGAUCGCGAGUUCGUGCGUCUCCUAGGAGACAUACUAUCUACAUCCAAGCGCUCGUGGAGUCGAUUCAAGAAAGGUGGGCUGCGGAGCUGUUUUGGGGUCAGACUCGAGAGAAUCGGGUCUUUUAGCGGGCUCGGGUGUUAAGCAGCAGGUAUGCUCGGAGAUGAACACAAAAAUGUAAACGCGUAUUUGAAAUAAAGAACGUCUUAUUAAUUUAUGUCAUGUCACUUCUUGCCGUUUGGGUUUUUACUGGAAUAGGGCACUGCGAUUUCCUUACUUGAAAUGUUCAUGCAGGCACCUCUUUGUUCUAAAAAAAAGAAAUGUGGACUGCAAGUUUACCGUUGAUUUGUGUUCAGUUGAUAUCUGUUGGUUAUUAUUUAUUCGAGAUUUAGAACUGUAAAUAGUUUGAAAUUUUGAAAAUACUAUAGGCUACUGCUGCUUUGAACUGUUGUACUGUCUAUAUAUUUAUUGAUUUAUUUAUGUCACCUCUAAA